AUGUUCCGCGUGCCCGACUCUUCGUCGCCGCCCUCGACGCCCGGGCGAUAUGGCUAUAGCACAAACGUACCGUCAACAACGCCCGCGGGGCCACCGCCAGGUCAAUCAUUCAUCUCCUCUACCCCGGCCGGUCCACCUCCAACAGGCAAUCUCUUCGGUACAAAGCCAACUCUCGAACCCGGUCGCCCCAACUCUCAUCCGCCGCUGUUUCUUGGAAGCUCACCGCCCAAGAAUGAGCUCUUUGAAGGCGUCGGUUCAGGUCACUUCAGAACAUCGUCCGAGGGGAGACCAGGAUCGCAGCGUGGGCGAGCCUCGAGCUCUGGCUUUGGCCGCUUUCCGAACAGUCCGACAGCCACAAGAGAGUUCCAAGUGCCAGAUGACGAUGAGAUGGAGGAAGACGACGCAGAAGGGGAAGAGGACGAUGAGCUUGACAAUCCACACGAGCGUCGCAUAAGAACCAGGGAUAGCUUGUCUCAGUCACUGGCAUCACGAUCUAGCGUGGGCGAGUAUAAUGCUGGGCAAAGGGUCGUUCAGAGCGGCUCGAAGCAACACCAGUACGACCUGACCAAUCUAGCUAAGGGCCUCACGUCCAAGGCGGAUCGCGGAACCUUGGUCGAGUCGGACAACGUUAUACUAGAGACAGAGCGCCUGCUGGCGAAAUUACAAGACGCAUCGGAUGGCGAGGGGUCGAAGGCUAAACCCUUGGGGGACACUGCACAAGGAUUGCUCGCACUUUGGCGAACCUCAUCGGCCAAGAAGUUGUCUAAUGCAACAACAUUGGCAGAAUUACUAUUCGGCAUACAUCAUCCAGAUCGCCUUGUCGCUGAAGAGCGCACCUUGUCAGCAUCCCGAGCGCUCAUACAGCGUCACUCGGAAUCCUUUGCACCCAUACCCAAAGUACUCCUUGAAUGGCUUAAUACUCAACGGCCCGUAGACGAUGAGAUAAACACUGUCUUAAGCCAACCCGGUGGAUACUCGGGGCACGUAUACUUCUGGGACAUAGUACAAGUCACAGCUUUGCGCGGUCAGCUUACAACGACUCUGGAGCUUCUUACCGGAGCAAACUUUUCGGUCGCACAUACGGCACAAGACGAUGAGGGAACUCCUGGAUAUAGAGGCUCUAAACUUGAGUAUGCUACGCAUGCUGCUCAAGAAGCUGUCAACCUGCUGCGUCAGUGUCCCGCACUGAAUGACGAUUGGAAUGUAAAGGGCCAUGACUGGAGCAUCUUCCGGCAGCUGGCACGUCAGGCAAAGCGUAAUCUCGAAGAUCUUGCCGAAGGAGAAAGCCAGGCCCGAUUCUCAAUGUCUCAAUCACUGGGAGGGUCCUACUUUGGCCUCUCCCAGUCUCGUGCGAACUUCAGCCUCAGCACCCAUAGUCGAAAGGUGGAGUGCAAGGUGCCCUGGUCCGUAUACGAUCGACUCCUGAAAUUUUACAACAACUUAAUUGGCGACGAGGGAGAACUUGUUACGUGCUCAGAGACUUGGAUUGAGGCAACUCUCUUGCUUACGAUCUGGUGGGACGGUGAAGAAGACUUGCUUGCUCAAGGAAGUCUGGCAGCUACCCGUCGUCCUCUUUCUCAAUCACAGCGCUCACAGAUCUCGGACGUCAAAGCGUAUACUGAACGAUUGGCAGCUGCUCUAGCCUACGUUCUCGAUGGCGGCGACGAGUCGUUCACGCUCAUGACUAACAAUGUAUUUGAGGUGGGCGUUGCAAGCAUUCUCGACGACAACGUUGAGGGUACUUUAUAUAUACUACGCAGCCUCUCACUCGUAGCAGCGUCCGCGGUUGCCGAAGUGGCUAGUGCGGGUGGGUGGUUGAAGCGCUCUGAUGGUAUCUUUGGUCACCUAGAUCAGAGUGACUUAAUGCUUCUGAGUUUUAACCAACCAAUACGGACUGGGUUAUCUAAAGACGACCUCCUCGUCGCCUAUGCCGACCAACUCUCGCCCAGAGACCAGCUGAAGAGCCAAGAUGGAAACAUAUCGCGACCAGGGUGGGAGCUGGCCAUUGAGAUCUUGGGAAGAUUGGAUGACACAGCGCUUGGAAACGAACGGAUUCAAAAGAUACUUGACGAGCUUCCUCUUGCCUCGGCAGAGCAGGUUGAUAAGGUCACGCAACUCUGCCACAGCAUGGGCUUGUCUGACUUGGCUUUUAGCAUUGCUCGGAAAUUUGCCGAUCACCUUCAAGCCAAUACCCAGAACUACGGGGACGCAAUCCUAUACUACGCUCGUGCACGCGCAGGACCGAAGAUUCAGGAAGUUCUGCGAGCGCUUGUUGCCCACUGUCUCGUCAAAUCUAUCGCCUACCCACCUCUAAACGAGCUAGACACCUCCCUCAAGAAGCUCAUAACCUCGCCGAAAAAGAGCCUGAACGAACUUGCAAGCCUGGAUAUAGAAGCUGCCAAGCUACUAUCAAACUCACUGAGCGGUUACGCCACGAUACGGAAGUUCUACGACCUACGAGAUGAGGAAGUGCUGCUCAAGGACGGCGAGAAACCAGCUCAUCGGCCAUUGGCGCGAAAGCGGACAGCAGCCAAUGCGCUUACCGUUAUAAUCUCUAGCGCAGCGUCAAGUAUUCGAGGAGGCCUCUAUGAUCCGGAAGUUGAAACUGUCGUCCAAGUUGACGUGCUGCUACCUCUACUUGGAGAGGUCCUUGUCUUCGUCAACCAGCCAAAACGCACGCUCACUCUCCGUGACCUCUACGAACUCCUCGCCGCCGUCGAAGACCUCUCGACCGCUCCCAGCAUGAUCCGAGCACAAUGCGAAGAGGCGCUAUCUACCACCUUACUUGCCGCGGGCGGUUCUCGCUUGUCGCUUCAAAAGUCGACAUCCAAUCUGACAACCGCCUCGUCACAGUACUCCCUGAUUGGUAGUAUGGAUUUGGGAUCAGUGGAAGGCGUGAGCACAGAAAGCUCAACUGUGUUGGUUCAGGGUGGAGGGGUGGACGAUGUGAAGAGGGGAUGGGAUUGGCGCAAGGGCUUCCCUCGAGGUGCGAAGGGCGAGGACGUGAUCAGGAUACUGAGGCUGGGGAUUGCGAAGGAAUUGGGGAGGGCGUUUGCUGAAGGUGAGCUUCAGCCUUGA